UAUCUCGCCUUGAACGAAAAACCCGGAACAAAUGCUGGAAAGUUAAUGUGUUUCUUCAAUUUGUUGAAGUUGUAAUUAAUUUGAUGGUUAUCAAUGACUAUGACGACGAUUAUUCUCGUGAUUUUCGGUGUUCAUUGGAAAGAGAAAGUUGCCAUAAUGAGUGGUUCCGAGCCGAUAAGGCGUGGUGCAGUGAUAAUAAUAAACAAUUUAGGGGAUGAAAACGAUGAUACAGGCAGAUUUAAAAGAGGUGAGAAUAACCACUUUCGUUAUCGGCAAGGGAGUGAUAGGGAUCACGAUAACCUGCAAGCCAUAUUUCAGCAUACCUUCGGAUUUCAAUGGAUUAACGCGAGUCCCCAUUAUAUCACAUUCAAUGUACGGUUAUUCCAUUUGGAUCACGGACGCAAUCCCAUGCUACUGGAAGUGGAGAGGGAGCCCAAACCAAACAAAACUGACCCACUUCAAUGUUGUCUGCGAUGCCUCAUUCAUCACUAUGACUUUUCGCAUAUUGACUGCCUGGUAUUUGCUGUGAGCACGCACGGUUUACACAGGAACGGCGUUCUAAACAUACAGUCCAUCAAUUAUGACCGCGAAGAAUAUGUCCCACUGCCCGAUAUCCUCAAAUGGCUGGAAGAGAACCCUGGACUCAAGGGAAAGGUGAAGAUCCUCAUCGUUAAUGCCAGCAGACAAGAGGAAAACGUACGCCGAGAAGACGACUCUGGCAUGCCCAUAAAUACAAUAAGUUUGGGAGAUGCGUCAACUACUGCUUCGCAACAGAGACAGCAUGAAAGGAGAGCGGAGGAUUAUGAUGAUACUCUGCCGUUUAUAGGAGCGACUGUAAGUCAAAGAUAUAGCACAAUGCCUGUGCACCAAGUGCGACCACUAUUUCCUGUUUACGAAGAGGACAAACCAAUGGCGCCUCUGAAUCUAUCCAAGGACACCAUAGUAGUCUAUGCAACAACUCCUAACAGGGUUGCACGGUCCAACAGUUUAACAGGGUCCUGGUUGAUACAUGCUUUACGCACAGUGAUUGAUGGUCACCAAGGGCCAACAGUUGAUUUUCUGCAAAUAUUGACCAAGACUGCCCGCCAAGUAGCCUUGCAGUCGACACUUGUUUACAAAAAACAACAAGACGAUUAUGGGCAAGUUUUCUACGAAAGAAAUGCUUCUGCCGCCCCGAUUCCCGAUGAAAAAAGAUCAGGAGGAAAAAACGCCAUCUGUAUUGAGCACCGGCUUUGUAGGAGAGUCCUACUUGCGAAAACACGACCAGAUCAUUAGCGAUCAUAUAACAAAAAUUAAUGUUUGAAAAUUGGAACGGAUUGUUUGAUCCCGUUUACCGUUCUUAGUUUGAAAGAACGAUAUACGAAAAACGAAAAACGAGUGGCGUUUGCGGGAUGUGCUGCUGUCUUGGGGAGGUAACUCAUUAGUGGCUUUUUGCGCGUUUUUUUCUCCCUUACAUAAGACUGAAUCACUUAUUUCCAUCAGCAUGGCUUAUUACGUGCUUUUUUUCGUGGAGGUUAAGACACGCCCGUAAGGGACAGAGACGUGGAUAUUUUCAGUUGUUUUUCCAGGUAUUGUUUUUUUCCAAUUUGAAAUGAUCAUAACCUUGACAUCGAAAGGUUUUCCAACGUACAGGUAUUUCAUGCCGAUCCAGCCGAUUAGAUAGGGCUAUAAUUAGCCUCUUAUGACACUUCUUAUUCUUUGCCCCUUUGCUAUGUAAAUUCAGUACUUAUUUUACAGAAAAACAACUCUUUUUAAUCCUAUUAUCAUGGGGGGGGGGGUCCUUACAUUUUAAGAGUUGCAAUACCCCGUCCCCUGAGUCCCGUAUUCCUAUUUUUAUUACCCGUUAUACCGGAAUGACAUUUAAAAGACACAAUAAUCGGCGGCGGCUGCUAAAAUGUCCCUAUGUUUUACUUUUAACGUCACCUUACAUAAUAGAAUGUCAAAGUUGUAUUAGUACAGCCACUAUUGAAAUAAAGAACAGGACGAAAGAAGAAUAAAUAUAUAAAAAUAUUUUAAUCUUAUGGAACGGUAAAGUGCAAGGUGUCUAAUAUAUAAUUUCCAAUUCGUUCGAUUAAUAACAAAUACAUGUUGCAUUUAACAACUGCAUUGUGAUAUGUCUAGUGAUUUAAGCUCCUGAAACCGCUUUGCGCUUGAAGAAAAUGAAAUGAACUUAAAUAUAAUUAAUUAAUGUACCAAUUUUAUAACUUAUUAAACAACAUAUUUAAUGUUCCUGAAAUAGCUCCCAAGAUUAAGUUAUUGCUAACAAGAUAUGUACAUUCCAAUGAUAUUAUAACGCCGCUUAAUCUUUUUUCCUUUAAACGUUACGUUACUUAAAGAAGGCGAAUAUCAUGCGUCACGCCUAUAGAAUCUACUUGAACUCGUUGAAAUGUUCCGUUUAUUACCUCGGUUGUCUUCUAAAAUGAAACUCGAAUGCCAUUAUAGAAAAGUGUUUACAUUUGUAACAAUACGUGUAUGAUUUGCUGAGUCAAUGAUAUACAUGAGGAGCGCGCCAUCAAGCGUUCGCUUGCAUGAUCUGUUAAAGUACAUUUAUCAGUUGAUAAGUGUAUUUUCUUUUCGUUUUAUACACAUCCAGUUCAUUUUAACAGUCUUUCACAAAUUGGACAAAAUCUGUACACCAAACAAAAACGUUAUUAAAAAUAAAUAAAUAAAUUUGUAGCAACGUCAGAGUUAUAACUUAUAAAAUAAAAUCCAUUGACAUAAUGUUCUAUACCUAGCGUUGAUUUUUCUGUUAUUUGAAUGAUGUGUUCUCGCAAAGAGCUUCAAAUAAUUUUAUAAUUGUUAUAAGCAAAUUUUCUUUAUUCUAUAAGGGGAGCACCAAAUAUAAUCAUGCUGAUAAAAUUUAAAAAGAACUCAGUGCGUGAACCGAUAGCUUUAUAACAACAUAAAUUGUAACAUGCAGGACCAGUAUCGCAUCCUACAUUUGCAACUUGUUGCAAAUCACUGGCUCGAUGCAAGAACUGCAUGGGCACCUGUUAUGAGAGCCCACCGCCAGCCAGUUACCCGAAGUGUAUGAGCCAGGACGGCACACGACGUGCCAUGACAGGGCUUUAUGAGGCCGUGCAUGCUCUUAGGAAUAAUUCACCAUACUAAUUGAAUGUACAUGUGUAUAUGUAUAGCAAUAAUGUGGAUUUUUAUUUCAUUUCUUAAACAGAUAUGAAUACAGUGUAGUAAAUAAUUCAUUUGUUGUUUAUUACUUGAAGAGAAAGGCUACGCCGAACAAAGAUAUUUUAUUGUGCAAUGCUUAUUGUAAUGCAUUUUAUACAUUAAAUCAAAACCAAUGACUUGAAACAAAAGCAGGCAUUUAUAUUGGUAUCGUUAAAUAACUUUACUGUUGAUCUAUUCAUUAUUCCAUUCGACUAGCCAAAAAGAGCUGUGCCAACUGCCAAGACUCGUCUAUUCUUCCUCUAUAAUACAUGUAAUAGUGAACAUUUUAUUAUUCAAAAUAAUAGUUUCAAAGGGAGAAAACUGCGCACUAAGAUAAUCAUGAGUUAUCAUCCAAAUAAAGCUGCGCAGCGCCCCUCGUUUUCCGUUUUCCCAAUCGGGACUCCUCGGACAAUUCCGCCAUAACGGCGAUCGUCUGGUGUAGCCCACUGUCCGAUGCGUUCAGAUUGCCGUUUUCCGUGUAUCGUUUUAUCAAAUCAAGAACGAUAAAUGAGAGCAGGCGUUUUGUUUCAAUUUUCAAAUAUUGAUUUUUUUGUAAUUUAUAUUGAAACGAAAUAGGAAUCGACAUACACGUUUCGUGUUUUGUUUUGUGAUUAGUAAAACGAAAAACGAUAUAAAUAAGUCGAUUUGUUCUUUGUUUUUUGUAUUUGUUUCGGUUAUAAGAAAAUCGGAAUAUGAACUAAUAUGCGUUUAUUUUCGUGUUUCGUGUUGUCGAAUGCAAAACGAAAAACGAAAAGACGGUAUGUACACGGACCAUACAGUGCCAAUAUAAGCAUGUGACUGAACUUUAUGUAUAAUAAAAUACCGUUAUGAUAAAUACAUUUUUUCCGAAAUGAAGGCGAUUUAAAUCGUUUGAAGCUCAACUUACUGAGCAUAAUACCUCACUGUAAAAACAAAUGCAAAUAAAAGAAACAUGCCACGCAUUUAAAGGGAUCUUUUCACGCUUUGGUAAAUUGACAAAAUUGAAAAAAGUUGUUUCAGAUUCGUAAGUUUUCGUUUUAGUUAUGAUAUUUGUGAGGAAACAGUUAUACUGAACAUUAACCAUGCUCUAAUAUAGCCAUUAUAUGCAUGUUUUGACGAUUUUAAAACCUAAAAAUUAUAAAGCGUUGCAACGCGAAACGAUUGAAUAAUUUGGAGAGUUUUGUUUUUGUCGUUAAAUUUUGUGAAACUACGAAGAUUGCUUAUAUAAGGUAUAAAAUACAUCACGUAUGUGUGCACGGCGGAAUAGCUCAGUAGGCUAAAGCGUUUUUACUUCAGGACUCUGGCAGGACUCCAGGGGUCACUGGUUCGAAACCUGCUCCGGGCAAUGUUCUUUUCCUUUUUUUAUUUUUUUUCUUGAUUUUUUACUGGAGCUUUUACGAUCCAAUGUUUACAUUUAUCAAUAUAAAGCAUUUAAUGAAUAAGUUAAAAAAAUGCCAAAAUCUGUGAAAAGGCCCCUUUAAUGUAUGCUUAUGAAGUGAUAUGAGUGGUCAAAGUUUUCGAACUAAACGCACAGCCUAAUGACUAGUGAAACUUUUAAAAGUAUAACACGAAUCAACAGCAAUCCUUAUAUAACAGUACGAGCUUUCCUUUUGUUAAUGCGUUUUUGUAUGCAUAUUAUAACCCGUAUGUAUCGUGUAAUAUUUUAUAUGUGUAAUAAUGAUUCAACGAUUCGUUUUGUAGCAAUUUACUGUAUUACAUGUUUUAAGAAAAGAAAUAAUUUUAUUUUUGUUUAACUCAGCGUUUAUAAUGGUUAUUCAUUUACCGAUUGAUAUGAAAUGAAUGUACUGUGUUUAAAUCUGUUGACGCCGAUUUUUUUUAACAUUUUCAGUGUAUUAUGUAAUGAUUAUGAUAUGAAUGUGAUUUAUUUGCUGUAUAUCCAUCCUCUUCAAAAGCAUCGCCACAACAGUUCUGUCAUUACUUUGAUUAUUAUUUAAAAUCGAUAAUACUCUUCUUUCACCAGUCUUCACUAUUUCUACGCGAAUCGAAUUUCGAAAGUGUUUUGCUUUGCGAAAGAUUUAUAAAAUCAUUGUAUUAGUCAGAUGUAUUAUUGACAAGAAGUAUGUGUGGCGCCCAUAAUAAUCGUAAUACACAUAAGACAGCAAAAUUUUGUUUCAACUUUGAUGUUAAUCACAAUGUAUCUGACAUAUUUGAUUACACAACGUAAAAGCAUUAAAUACACGUGAUCCAUCUUGACAUAAAUAAUAAAAGAGUACAAGUAUUUAUAAGAUACUUUGCUAGAUACGCGUUCUUUAACAUACACGUGUUAUAUAGUACUAUCUUUGGUUUAUUUAAAAAGUAGAAUUUUACAAGCUUAAAAUAUUAUUUGAGAACGAUUACAAUUAUUCACAACAAGUCAAAAGGCUAUGUACAGGAAAGAUGUAUUAACUAAUAAUCAACAAACCAUUAUACGAACGCGUGCAUCUAAAUAUAAUAAGUUUUAAGUUAUAAAUAUAUUAUUUUCCGAAACGCAACAAACGCGUUACAAACGCUUCAAUGGACUUUUUGUAUUUGAACUGUGCUUAUAUAUCAAGAUGUGUGCUGUUACACUUUUGUUAUUUUUUAUGUACGGUUUAGUACGGGUUUGGUACGGUCUAUACCAGGUUUUAGCUUUUCGCUUUGUAGAAAUUGUUCCCCUUAGAUAAAUUUUCACCACUGGAAAGUCAUAUACGUUUAGGCGGAAUUUUGCACAAUGCAAAGUGAUUUUCACCCAAAAUAGGUCCUCUUUAUGCCCCCACAGUGUAAGUUUGUGUUUUAUAUGAUGUUAUUAUAUUAUUACUUUGCAUUAUGAAAGUCACAAUCCUUUAUUUUCUGUGUAAGGUUAAUUUUUUGUCGUGUUCUAAUGGUUGUGACGUCACGUUAAAUUUUACUAUUUGUUUAACUUGAAGAGAGUGAUUAUUCCUUGUGUAUGUAAAUCUAUCUGUUAUUCAGAUACUGUGCUAUUAUAUAAUGAAUAGGACAGUACAUUUUUGCUGUUUAUAGGUCUUAGGCCAAGGCAUAUAUUUUGCCUGGGUUCAUGGUUCGUGUAUGCAUGCAUACAGUACCGGUCCGUCCGGGAAAUUAGGUUCUUUCAGGUCCGUCCGGGAAAUUAGGUUCUUUCAGUUUAUCUGAAAAUCAGCUAGGACACAUGUUUUCCUGAGUUUAAGGAUAGAUAGAUUAAGGCAUUUCACAUUCUGAUUUGUUUAUUAGGCAUACAUGUAUGAUAUUCAUAUUUAAUAAUUGAUCAUGUAUGAAUUCUGUAUGGUGGACUUAUUAGUGUUAUUUGUAUACUUUCAGUCUUUUACCUUGGCUCUCCGGGGCGACAUAAUGAAUAAAAGGAAAAACAAGCAUUAAG